UUCAUUUUUUAUUUUUCCGAAUUUAGGGCGAGAGAACAAGGUCAUUUUACACAUCAGAGACAAAGACAGAUAAGAUGUCUUGCAGAUUUCACAGUGGCCUGGCCCCAGUAGGGGUGAGGAGUCUCCUGAUGGUUUCUCUCCUUUUGAUAAAUGCUGACUGGUUUUGUCAAGCUCAGUGUCCUCCUGACGUUGUUUCUGUUUUUAUUCUUAAUGACAGAACUAUGCAUGUGCCAUUGACGGAACCAUUAUGUCUUCAGUGUAGAUUCUUGGAUAAUCAAGGAAACUUUUCGACAUUCUCUGAUGGUGUAUGGAGGAAAGGUAGCACUGUAUUGAAUGAUGGUGAUUUUAGUGGUAAUGUCAACUUAUCAAGUACAUCUAUUACUAUGUACAUGAGCCUUGAGUAUCCUGAUGAUGUUGUUAAUGUUGGUGAUACUAUUACUUGUUCAUCAUCAACUGCUGGUCAACACAUUAUUACCUUUGGUGACUUUGUUUUUCUUAAUCCAACUGUAUCACCUAAUGGCUUGAUUAAUGUUAUUGAAGGAUCCAAUGUAACAUUAACAUGUUCUAAUCCUGGUAAUACUGGUACGCCACGUUAUGUAUGGGUUAAUGAUAGUGACAGUAGUGAAUUGACUCCUGUGAUUAAUAAUCCUCCGCUGAAUCUCAGUAUAAUUGAUAUUGAUAGCGCAGCUAGUGGGAAUUAUACUUGUAGAUCAGCUAACAUUGAUUUGCAAGAAUUAACCAGGGAAACUACUGUAACUAUUAAUGUACAGCAGUUGAGCCUUCCAUCAGUUUAUAUUCAAAAUUAUCAGAACAUGGGAUCUGUUAUUAUCAAUUGUACAUAUGAAACUUAUGAUAGCUCCAUUGAUGUGAAGUGGGAACACAAUGACUCAUUACUGGACCCCAAUAGUGAUCCUUAUAUCACAGUUAUCACACAAUCCACUUACUCUGAGCUCACAAUCUCAUCCCUCACCCAACAGUACACUGGAGGUUAUCAGUGUAUUGUUACAAAUGGUGCUGGCUCUAUAAAGAGUGGAAAGGUUAACGUCACAAUAAGCCCAAGUGUUUCAUCCUCAACUGGCAGUAUUAGUAAUACAUUACAAGCUACCAGCUCCGGUAGUGUAAUUCAGCCUAGUAGUACCAUCCAGCUAAGUAGUUCAAUCACUGUAUCACCCUCGAAUACUCAAGCUGUGUCUUCUCAAAAUGACAGGACAGUGGUGUAUGCUGUGAGUGGUUUAAUUGUUGGUGGGGUUCUAAUAAUCCUAGUUGUGGUGAUUACAGCUACAGGUUGUUAUUUCUAUAGACAAUAUAGAGCAACUUACAAAUAUGAUGUUAAUGGAGAAGCCACAUCAUUUACACUAGAAGAGUUCAACGAUGGUCCAGAAAAGUUAAAGCCUUAUGCUACAUUAGAUGAGCUCCUUACUUCUUACAAUUCAAAUGAUAACCUCAUUAAUGGUAAAGGAGGUGGCUCCUCUCGCUCAUCAUCUAUUCGUAUCAAACGUUUUGAUCAUCAUGAGGAGAUAGACAUCUCUACCUCUGAGACUCCAAAUGGCUAUGAGAAAGAGCCAGUACUUUACUCUAAGGUCAACAAGCCUCGCAAGAAACCUGAUGUCUCAGCAGUGAAUCCUCUCUCUCCCCCUCCCCUCUCUCCCCCGGCUCUCCCUCCUGUACUGCUAAGUGACUCUGGUCAACCCAUAAAUCUUGAUCCAGACUCUCAGCCUCUAGUCACUUCUAGUGAUCCCUCUGAUUCUGAAGUACCGCCGGACAAAGUCCUUUAUGCUGACUUGACUAUAGCUCCUAGCAGUAAGCCCCCAGGGUCUGUUCCUUCUGAUCCAGAUAAAGUAGUGUACUCGGAUAUCAGUCAACUUCGUCGUACAGCAUCGGGUCAUGUGGUCUAUGCUGAUCUUAACAUGUUGUCGUCACAGGUCAAUUCAUCUAAGCCUACGGUUGCUCUUAAUUCAGAGAAAGUGGUUUAUGUAGACAUUGAUGCUAUAAAGACACAAUAGUGAACAAUGAAUAUAAACAUAGAACAUACUUAAUUAUUUAUUUUGAUGUUUCCCCAUGUAUGUGUCAUCCUGUAUAUGUGUGUGUGCAUAGACAAGGGACUAAUAUUUGACUAGCUUUGCAAUCAUUAUUAUUUUUAAUGCACAUAUUAUGUUUUGUUUUGAAUUCAAUGGAAUUGACAGCUUCUA